CAGUAUCGGCCUCCUCCAGCAGGGGGCGCUGUGGGAUCCGCCGCGGUCCGGGACGAACCAGCAAGCCGCUCUCGGUCCGCAGACUCUCUGCCGGUCCGCCAGCCCCUUGUUCCCCGGGAGGCCGCGGGGUUUGGGGAAGUGUUUCUAGGAGACGGCGCUUGCCGGCUGCGCCUGCGCGGUUGACGCUACCGGGGCCGGCUGACGGAGCCGCGUCGCUGGCUGGCGGAGGGAGUUCCCGCUUGCUCUCGGUCGCUGUCACCGCCCUGUUUCUCUAGCCCCAUGGUACGCCCGUGAGACCGGCUGCUGGCUGACGUCUCCUCGCGAUGGAGCAUAUCCGGACGACCAAGGUAGAACAAGUAAAAUUACUUGACCGAUUCAGUACCAGCAACAAGUCAUUAACAGGAACACUGUAUCUUACGGCUACACAUCUAUUAUUUAUAGACUCUCAUCAAAAGGAAACCUGGAUAUUACACCACCAUAUUGCCUCAGUAGAGAAACUUGCUUUGACUACUUCUGGAUGCCCCCUUGUGAUUCAGUGCAAGAACUUCAGAACCGUGCAUUUCAUUGUUCCCAGAGAAAGAGAUUGCCAUGAUAUUUACAACUCUUUGCUACAACUGUCAAAACAAGCAAAAUAUGGAGAUCUCUAUGCAUUUUCUUAUAAUCCCAAACAAAAUGAUUCAGAACGACUACAAGGCUGGCAGCUCAUUGAUCUCGCUGAGGAGUAUAAGAGGAUGGGAGUGCCAAAUUCUCACUGGCAGUUGUCUGAUGCCAACCGGGACUACAAGAUUUGUGAAACGUACCCCCGAGAACUGUAUGUUCCCCGGAUAGCAAGCAAACCCAUCAUUGUUGGUAGUUCCAAGUUCCGGAGCAAGGGAAGAUUCCCAGUUCUUUCCUACUAUCAUCAAGAUAAGGAGGCUGCCAUUUGUCGAUGUAGUCAACCACUCUCUGGAUUCAGUGCCAGGUGCCUGGAGGAUGAACAUUUGCUUCAAGCCAUUAGUAAAGCCAAUCCAGUUAAUCGCUAUAUGUAUGUCAUGGAUACCAGGCCAAAACUGAAUGCAAUGGCCAACAGAGCAGCCGGAAAAGGUUAUGAAAAUGAAGACAACUAUUCCAAUAUUAGAUUUCAGUUUGUUGGAAUUGAAAAUAUUCAUGUCAUGAGGUCCAGCCUUCAGAAAUUAUUGGAAGUCAAUGGCACUAAAGGGCUUUCUGUCAAUGAUUUCUACUCCGGUUUGGAGAGCUCAGGAUGGCUUCGCCAUAUCAAAGCUGUUAUGGAUGCUGCAAUCUUCUUGGCCAAAGCAAUAACAGUUGAAAAUGCAAGUGUGUUGGUGCAUUGUUCUGACGGUUGGGAUAGGACUUCCCAGGUUUGUUCCCUGGGUUCUCUUUUAUUGGAUUCCUACUACAGGACAAUCAAGGGAUUCAUGGUUUUAAUAGAAAAGGAUUGGAUCUCUUUUGGACAUAAAUUUUCAGAGAGGUGUGGCCAUUUGGAUGGUGACCCAAAGGAAGUCUCACCAGUGUUUACUCAGUUCUUGGAGUGUGUGUGGCAUUUGACCGAACAGUUUCCACAAGCCUUUGAAUUCAGUGAAGCAUUUCUUCUUCAGAUCCAUGAACAUAUUCAUUCAUGCCAGUUUGGAAACUUCCUUGGAAAUUGUCAAAAGGAAAGAGAAGAGCUCAAGUUGAAGGAGAAGACUUAUUCCCUGUGGCCAUUUCUUUUGGAAGACCAAAAGAAGUAUUUAAAUCCUCUCUACAGUUCCAAAUCUCACAGAUUUACAGUUUUGGAGCCAAAUACAAUAUCUUUCAAUUUUAAGUUUUGGAGGAACAUGUACCACCAAUUUGAUCGAACACUGCAUCCUAGGCAGUCUGUAUUUAAUAUGAUUAUGAAUAUGAAUGAGCAAAAUAAACAAUUAGAGAAAGAUAUUAAAGACCUAGAAUCUAAAAUUAAACAACGCAAAAAUAAGCAAACAGAUGGCAUCCUCACCAAGGAAUUGUUGCAUUCAGUUCAUCCUGAAUCACCUACCCUCAAAACUUCCCUGUGUUUUAAAGAGCAGACUCUGCUACCCGUAAAUGAUGCUCUUCGAACUAUAGAGGGCAGCAGCCUGGCAGAUAAUCGUUAUAGUGAAUAUGCAGAAGAGUUUUCUAAAUCAGAACCUGCUGUGGUCAGCUUAGAGUAUGGUGUGGCAAGAAUGACUUGUUAGACUCCUAGAGUUUUUUCUGCAAUGAUUGCAAUACAAGAAAAGGAUUAUUGUGAGGAUGGUCUGUAAGCAAGACCAAGAAUUUGUCUAAUAAAAAUUUUAGGGUUUAACGGUAGGCUAAUAGUUGAAGGAAGGAUAAUAACUGCCCUUGUGAGAGAGAUAAGUCAUUUUAAUUGCAUUUCCAGCAAGGAAUGACAUUCAAUUCUGUAAGAAACGAGUGGUAUUUGAUGUAUUUACUCAAAACACAAUUUGCACUGUACACUAGUGAAUUGAUAUUUAUGAUUUAUGUUAAUUCAGCCAAACAUAAAUAGCCUUCCUUAAGUACAAUUUAACUUCAAGAAAACAAAAUUUGACAACAUAGUUUCCUAAUAAAUGAUAUGGCAUGUGCUUUCAAUUAUGUAGCUUUGUAACUAUGAAUAUUUACAUCUUUUGCCUUUUAGUGAUAUUUAAUGUUGAAGUGCCAUGAAAAAUAUUUCUAAGGAAGCCUUAAAUUCCCAGUGGAUUCUUUACCCUUAUGUUUUACAGCCUACAACAAGAUUUUUUGUUUUGUUUUUCUUUUGAUCAGCCUUGUUUUGUUUGUAAAGAAUUGUGCUCUCAUUACUGCUGGGGUUGCAUGCUACAAUACUUCUAUAUAAACACUUGUAGAAGUACACUGUUCACAUUUAGCCUGCCCCACUUUCAUAUUCAAAAUUAAUGAAACUGAAGGUUUAUUCUGAUCAUAAUUUGUUUAGUGCUAUUUGGUAACUUAUUAUUUACAGCUUAGAUUAUUGAUUUCUUGAAUACGUAUAAGCACAUUUGACUGUCUUUUAUAUAUGGAUUACUGCGUUCCAUUGAUUUUUAUUUUGUGGUUGGCUUUAUUUCUUUCACAACUGUGUAAGUUUAAAGAGCUAAAGCUCUAAAACUGUUCUUAGAAACGGUGAAUAGUAUAUGUAUACGUAUAUUUUUAAACUGCCUUAUUGCUCAGUGAGUUGCUGUUCCUGGAGUAUCUAACUUUCAGUUUACCCAAAAACUUUUGGGUAAACAUAAAAGGGAAGUAUAGAUAGUUUAGGUUGUGCAUGGUUGCAUGAAUUUUGAAGUCAUUUCUAUGUGGAGCAUUAUUUUUCUUCUUGUUAAAUAUAGAAAAAAAAAUUAAAGAGAUUCUACUACAAAGUUAUUGUUUAACAAAAGCAACUUAAACUCUGGGAAAGAUUUCAUUUUGCCAUGUUAUAUUUACUGUUUAUUCUGUUUAUUAAAGUACAUAUCUUUAAAUUACCAAAAAACAAGAAACAAAACAUAAAAACCCCAAAACUAUCGCUUGGAAUUAGCAAUAUCACCCAACUGGCUUUAAAUUUUAAAAUUUAUAUAACAUGGUGGCAUGAGGUACAAUUUGAGUAUUAGGCAAUUUGCAUAGGGUCCCUCAUGCUGCUUUCUGUUACACCUCUAUUAUAUUAGUUUUGAACAUAAACAUCUUUUUCAGACAAAAAAAAAGCUUUAUUGUAUGAGAGCUUAUCUAACCCUGUUUAUUUUUCCAUUGCUUUUCUGUAAUACAUUAUGUAAUUUUAAAAAUAUUCCUUUUUAAACAGCAACAGAAAUGCACUAUAAAAUAUAGUAUGUGAUUAACCAAUACUGCUUCCAUAUUUAAGCACUGGGAAUGGAAACUUAAUCUCUGUGACUACAAAGGGAAGUUUUUGUGCCUUGGUGUUCCAGUCACUGAUUGUGGUUUUAGAAUCUUCUGUGGCUGACUUCUUGUAUUCAACUCUGGUGUAUUAUCUUAAUCUUCAACUUUAGACAUAUAUUUGUGUGUUUAUAUGCUCACAGGUGGACUGAGAAAUCAGUUACAUCUUAAGUGACCUACAGGGUAUAUGUUGGCAAAAGCAGGCUGUGUAUAUGUCUUAUAAAAGUUGGAUUUGUGUUCAGUGUGUUUGGAAGUGUAUAGCAUGUAAAUUAUUUCAUAUAUUAUUUAAAGGUAAUUAAAUGUUCACAUUUAACUUUGAAUGUUUUUCUUCUGGAUAAAACAAAUAGAAUCAAGUUGUAGUUUUUUUUUUUUUCUCUUCUCACAUGGGCAAGUAGACUUCCCCAUUACAUUAACGUAACAGCAUAAGGUUUGAGGAGUUUAUUUUCCAAAAGUUUGUUGAUAAAUCAUACCUGUUUCAUACAAAAAUAAUUUCCAGAAUAUUUAAAAUAGGUAUAGUGGGCUAAAAGGCCCAUCAGAUGUAGGUAAUAAUGUCAUUAAGUUUUCCUUUUGUUUCUGUCACUUGCUCAUGUUACAAUCAGUAUUCUAUUGUGCCCUUGCCAGCUUGACGGAAGGCAGGGUCCAGUGAGUACAGACAUUCAAGGUGAAAUGUCUCUCCAAAGGCAGAUCUGGAUGUAAAUAUGAGGAAGAAAAUGACUGGCUGAGAAGAGGAUAAUUUUAUUGAGGGUGUUUUGAAAAGGUCAGCUAGGCUAGAAGUAGCUCAGGGAAUCUUGAGUAAAGAUGAAGGGAAAUCUUUAAAAACAAAUUGAAUUUAUUUGGUCGGGCAGCAGAGCAGGGAGAUGGUGUCAGUCAAGCCUGUUUUGAAAAAGGGGUUUUUGCAGAAGGCCAGUUUUAAAAUUUCGAAAAAUUUCCAGUUGACAUGCUAAGUUGGAUUAAAUGCUGAUCAUCUAUAAAACUACAUAGUUGCUGCAAAAGUAAUUGGGGCUUUUGCCAUUGAAAGUGGUGACAAAAACCACAAGUACUUUUGCACCAACCUCCUACUACAGUUGCAGACUUUUAUUAGUGACAUUGAUCUUCAUUAGCCAAGUUUUGGUUAGUUUGUUGACUUUUCCAUGUCGAAUUCCAAGUGACAUUAACAUGCCUUGAUUAAUUAAAGAAAAUUUGGAGACUGUUUAAGAUGUAUAUCUAGAUAUCAAUGUAAACUAAGUUUUAGGAACUUACAUCUAGAAGAAAGCCUAUAAUCUAGAAUAAUUAUCUCAAAAAAGAAUAUAUAUACCAUUGUACUUGAUAUAAGAAAAUGUAAACAUGAAACCCUGACAUUUUAAUAAACAGUAUUUGUGCUA